AGCCUCUGUUACUGGAAUAACAAACAGUGUUCACGAUAAGCUCAACACAACCUCAGCAGUAGAAGGAAUUGUGGUCACAGCACAUCAAACUAGCAUGUGUUACCUGCGACAAAUUUUUGACCAURAUCAAGUGACAUCUCAAGGCCAAAUGCCAACUCUAGCUCAUGGGGUAACCUCCCAUGACCUUCCGGAACUACAGCAAUGCAAGUGGCAAGGUUGCUGUCAACAUUUCUUGUCUCUAGAAGACCUAGUUCACCAUGUUAAUGAAUAUCACAUAAGAACAGAUAAGCAUGCCGAGUUCUGUUGCCAUUGGCAUGGCUGCAGUCGCAACGGCAAGGGAUUUAAUGCCAGAUAUAAAAUGCUAAUUCAUAUGCGUACUCAUACUGGAGAAAAACCGCAUAAAUGCCAUCAUGAAGACUGUGGCAAGUCAUUUUCUAGACUAGAAAACUUGAAGAUUCACCAGCGAUCACAUACUGGAGAAAGGCCUUAUAUCUGUCCCAUUGAAGGAUGCGACAAAAGAUACUCUAAUUCUAGCGAUCGUUUUAAGCAUACGAGAACUCAUUAUGAAAGAAAACCUUAUCACUGUAGAAUUGAAGGGUGUGAAAAAUGCUACACUGAUCCUAGUUCUCUGAGGAAACAUCUAAAAACACACCAUGGACAAGAUGUAAAUAUUGAAGAACAUGACUAAAAAAUUUAGCCGUUCUCAAUAAGCCUUUUCAUAGUUUAAGAAUCGACUCCACUGCGCAUGCAAUUUUAUCCCGAAUUUCUCAACUUCUUUUGUCUAAACCUUUUGUUCUUAAUUAAACAAAAGGUGAGAAAUUCGGGAAAAAAUCGCAUGCGCAGUGGAAUCGAUUCUUAAACUAUGAAAAGGCUUAUAGCAUACAUACAAGAUCAUGCAAAUUACUGUUGGUGCAAAUGACAUUGCCAGUGAACACAAAGAUUUCAGGGGCAUGUGCCAGCUAUGAAAUGUCAUGCAAACGCCAAUGAUUUACAGUGAUUUUGCACGUACAUUAUGUAAUGUUGAGAAUGACUAAAUUGGCCUUCCUUAAUUGUUUUAUCUCUUGAAAACUUUUUAUCAAUAGUUAGGUUUUCUUUAGGCAUAUUUACUAGGGGGAGGGGUGCCUGCGAAGUAUGAGAAACACAGAAAAAGUGUUCAGCUUAUAUUGUCCAAGUAUUUYAUGAAAUGACUGUUUUAAAUUAAUAUACCAAUUAGAAAAAAAAUUUUAAAUCUGUUAUAGAAAAAUUAUGCUGUUUCAUGUCGCUUUUAAAAUAAUAUACUAUACCUCACUAUAAUUUUAUGAACCAACUUGCAGAAUUCAAUCCUAACCCUAUGGGCUAGGACGGUAUGAUUUUCGCCUACAACUAUCUUAUACAACAYGCUCACACCAUCCUACAACUCGAGUCGUAGCGUGUAAAUCAAGCCUACUACUCGCCUAUGACAGAUGYGAGCAUGUUGUAUACGACAGUUGUAGGCAAAAAUCGUACCCUCUAAACCGGCCUUUAGAGUGCAUACCAUAUAUCUGUGAAAAACUUUGUAAGAAAUUGCACAAAUUAAUAAGUAAUAUAUACAGUAUGAGUGGCUGUGUUUUAUAAGAUAUACAACCAYGAGGYGUAGCYGAGUGAUUGUAUAUCUGAUACAACACGGACACGAAUACUGUAUAUGACUUAUCAAACRUCUAGGUUAGUUACUUUGUGUUUCACUAAAGUGAAUUUGGCCAAGAAAAUCCAACUUAAAGUUUAUGCAAAUGAACACAGUUUUGUAUCAGAUUUACAACACUCUUCAUGACUGGAUUUCUGUUGUGUUUUCCUCAUGAAUUAUUAAUGAGUUUGAUAAGUUCAGUAAACCUAUAAAACUKAACACCAAUUUGUACAAUUUUGUUAUUUAACUUUUUCACGGAUAUAUACAUAGUCUACAUUCUACUAUGCACAGCACUACCCAAUUGCAUGAGUAUGAAAUUGUACAAUUUUCUGUCGUGACAAAAUAGAAUUUUGGCAGAUGUCCGGCAUGUCCAUAAAGAACAGAAAUAGUAAAUUAUGAAUAUCUAUAGGAAAACAAUUUUGGAGUAUACUUUUCUUAUCAUAAUUUACACRGCAGCAAAUAAAGACUUGAAUCUUGGAGUGCAAAUGAGUGUGACCGAUAUUGGCCUGUGCAUAGCCUAUUUAACAAUUAUUAAACCACUUGUGCUCAUGAUCUACAAGUCAAUAGUCCAUUCAGCCGUUGGCCUCGUGGGCUUUUGACUCCUAGACAAUGAGGUCAUAUGCAUAUUAAGGCGCUAUUAGCAGCCGUGCAGCUUACAAUCAUGAGUGAUUUGUUAGUACGUUAGUUUUAUGCCUCCAAAUUGGGAUAGGAUGUUGAACCGAGAGACAAUCCCCUACUCUUACGCAAAUAAUUCAACAGCUUCUGUUACGUUCCCCAUUUUACUGSAAGCUAGGAAUGGUUGGGAGAGGGGCCUAUGGUUUAAAGUCUUUAUCUGAGAAGACUUGAAGGUCUUGCCAUUUGCAGAUAUCAUAACAAAGGCAGUACCCUUCUCCUCAGUUAUUAUAAGGCCCUCAGUGUUGGUCCGGCUGAGGCUUGAACCACUUCCUCCCACACAACAGACCGAUGCUCUUACCAACUGAGCUAAUGAGGGGGGGGGGUCAAUGCCUGCAUUAAAAUGUUGAGCAUUYCUCAUGAUUUUGCUACAUGUAUAUAAUAUUUUAUUAGAUAUUAUAUAACUGUAUUUAUCAACACAAUGUAGUAUACCAUUUUUACAAUAAUCUACACAAAUAUUCUUUAGUUUCAUUAAAGAUACAAUAAAAUUAAGCUUUUCAAUCUCAUGAUAAAUACUUGAAAAUAAACCUAUACAUAUAUAUUAAAAACUUUGGUAAAUUGUGCUCAUAAUUCUUGUUGACUUUAAAUGAAUUUUUAAACUUUUGUUACAAGAGGUUGAAAUCAUAACAAAGAGGAAGACAAAAGAAGGAAGAACUCGACUGAAGGUGGAAUYAUAUUAAAGUGCAAAUGAACCCUUU